AUGAGUCCCGUUCAGAAUUUCGAGCAACAUUCUCGCCAUCUCGUUGAGCUUGACCUAACUAUUCAGGCGAGGUUGCAAAUGGUGAUGGAGGUUAGGGAUAGUCUUGAAAUCGCUCAUACUGCCGAGUAUUUGAAUUUUUUGAAGUGUUAUUUUCGUGCCUUCUCGGGGAUCCUACUGCAAAUUACAAAGCCGCAGUUUGUGGACAAUCCUGAACAUAAGCUUAGGAAUAUUGUGGUUGAGAUAUUGAAUAGGCUUCCGCACAGUGAAGUACUUCGGCCUUUUGUACAAGACCUCUUGAAGGUUGCUAUGCAGGUGCUUACGACAGAUAAUGAAGAAAAUGGGUUGAUUUGUAUUCGUAUAAUCUUUGAUCUCUUGAGGAACUUUAGGCCGACUUUAGAAAAUGAAGUCCAGCCUUUUCUGGACUUUGUAUGCAAGAUUUACCAAAAUUUUAAAUUGACUGUUAGUCAUUUCUUUGAGAAUAUGGCGAUGACAGGGGAGGAUGUUAAGCCGAUGGACAACUCGCUUUCGGAUCAAGGUAUAAAUCCUUCUACUGCCACUGGCUCGCAGCUCAAUCCAAGUACCCGGUCAUUCAAGAUAGUUACGGAGAGUCCACUGGUGGUGAUGUUUCUGUUUCAAUUGUAUAGUCAUUUCGUCCAAGCAAAUAUUCCUCAAUUAUUGCCUUUGAUGGUUACUGCUAUAUCGGUUCCUGGCCCUGAAAGGGUUCCUCCUCAUCUGAGAGCUCAUUUCACUGAACUCAAGGGCGCACAGGUCAAGACAGUUUCUUUUUUAACGUAUCUGUUGAAAAGCUAUGCUGAUUAUAUAAGGCCACAUGAAGAAAGUAUAUGUAAAAGCAUUGUGAAUUUGCUUGUAACAUGUACUGACUCUGUAACCAUUAGAAAGGAGUUAUUAAUAUCCCUGAAACAUGUCCUUGGAACUGAUUUCAGGAGAGGCUUAUUUCCUCUGAUUGACACUUUACUGGAACAAAGGAAUCUUGUUGGGACUGGGCGGGCAUGCUUUGAGACGUUGAGACCCUUGGCCUAUAGUCUUCUGGCAGAAAUUGUACAUCAUGUUCGGCAGGAUCUGUCCUUAUCACAGUUGUCACGGAUAAUUUACUUAUUUUCAAGUAAUAUGCACGAUGCUUCAUUAUCAUUGAGUAUCCACACCACUUGCGCUCGCUUGAUGUUGAAUCUGGUGGAACCAAUUUUUGAGAAAGGGGUUGAUCAACAGUCUACAGAUGAAGCAAGGAUCUUAUUGGGCCGCAUUCUGGAUGCUUUUGUUGGAAAAUUCAGUACUUUCAAACGGACAAUACCACAGCUUUUGGAGGAGGGUGAUGAAGGAAAGGAUCGUUCUACAUUGAGAUCAAAGCUUGAACUCCCCGUGCAGGCAGUUUUCAAUAUUGUGGGCCCUCCUGAAUAUUCAAAGGAAGUAAAUGAUUACAAGCAUCUGAUUAAGACAUUGGUGAUGGGAAUGAAGACCAUCAUAUGGAGCAUCACUCAUGCACAUUCUCCUAGAUCCCAGGUGCUUGCACCUUCAUCUAAUUUAUCACCACCUCAAGCAUCUAGGGGCAUGAGAGAAGAUGAGGUCUACAAAGCCUCCGGUGUUUUGAAAAGUGGUGUUCAUUGCUUAGCACUCUUUAAGGAGAAGGAUGAGGAGAGGGAAAUGCUUCAUCUCUUCUCACAAAUUUUGGCCAUCAUGGAACCUCGAGAUCUUAUGGAUAUGUUCUCUCUGUGUAUGCCUGAGCUUUUUGAGUGCAUGAUCUCCAACUCACAACUUGUCCAUAUAUUCUCUACUCUUCUUGCGGCUCCUAAAGUGUACCGGCCAUUUGCGGAUGUGCUUGUUAAUUUUCUUGUAAACAGCAAACUUGAUGUGUUGAAAAGCCCAGAUUCCCCUGCGGCAAAACUGGUCUUGCAUCUCUUUCGGUUUAUAUUCGGUGCUGUUGCUAAAGCACCUUCAGAUUUUGAACGGAUUUUGCAGCCUCAUGUGCCUGUCAUAAUGGAAAAUUGCAUGAAAAGUUCUACCGAAGUUGAAAGACCUCUUGGUUACAUGCAGUUGCUUCGAACAAUGUUCCGGGCACUUUCAGGGUGCAAGUUUGAACUUUUGCUGCGGGACCUGAUCCCCUUGUUGCAGCCCUGCCUCAAUUUGCUAUUGGCUAUGUUGGAAGGGCCAACUGUGGAGGAUAUGAGAGAUCUUCUAUUAGAGCUCUGCAUGACCAUGCCUGCCCGUUUGAGCUCUCUGUUACCAUACCUGUCUCGUCUUAUGAAGCCUCUGGUAUUAUGUCUCAAGGGAAGUGAUGAACUAGUAAGUCUUGGUUUACGAACACUAGAGUUUUGGGUUGAUAGUUUAAAUCCCGACUUCCUAGAACCUAGUAUGGCCAAUGUCAUGUCUGAAGUGAUUCUGGCCUUGUGGUCUCACCUAAGACCAGCUCCCUAUUCUUGGGGUGCUAAAGCAUUACAGCUUCUUGGAAAGUUAGGUGGGAGAAACAGGCGAUUCCUCAAAGAGCCUCUGGCACUAGAGUGUAAAGAGAACCCUGAGCACGGGCUUCGCCUGAUUUUGACAUUUGAGCCUGCCACCCCAUUCUUGGUGCCACUUGAUCGAUGCAUAAAUCUCGCUGUAGAGGCUAUAAUGAACAGAAAUUGUGGCAUGGAUGCUUUCUAUCGGAAGCAGGCUCUAAAGUUCCUUCGCGUGUGCUUAUCAUCUCAGCUCAAUUUACCUGGAACUGUUACUGAUGAGGGAACCACAUCCAAACAGCUGUCCACAUUGUUGGCUUCUACAGUUGAUCAUUCGUCACGCAGGUCUGAGUCAAUUGAUGUAAAGGCUGACUUAGGAGUUAAGACAAAGACUCAACUUAUGGCUGAGAAAUCUGUUUUCAAGAUUCUUUUAAUGACUAUCAUUGCUGCUAAUGGUGAACCAGAUCUCACAGAUUCUGCAGAUGAUUUUGUUGUCAAUAUAUGUCGCCAUUUUGCGAUGAUAUUUCAUGUUGAUUCUUCAUUUAGCAACGUGUCUGCAGCUGCAAUGGGUUCAUCGUUAUCUGUGCAUGUUGGUUCUAGGAUAAAAUCUAGUGUUCCUUCAAAUCUGAAGGAGCUGGAUCCUUUAGUAUUCUUGGAUGCUUUAGUUGAUGUACUGGCAGAUGAAAACAGGCUCCAUGCCAAAGCUGCUCUUGAUGCUUUGAAUGUGUUUUCCGAAACACUUGUAUUUCUUGCUCGUUCAAAACAUACUGAUUUCAUAAUGUCCAGAGGGCCUGGCACACCUAUGAUUGUCUCUAGUCCAUCAAUGAAUCCCGUGUAUUCUCCUCCCCCUAGUGUCCGUGUUCCUGUGUUUGAGCAAUUAUUGCCCCGUCUUCUUCAUUGUUGCUAUGGACUUAAAUGGCAAGCACAAAUAGGUGGUGUCAUGGGACUUGGUGCCUUGGUUGGAAAGGUCACUGUUGAGACCCUCUGCCUUUUUCAAGUAAGAAUUGUGCGAGGUCUAACAUAUGUCCUUAAAAAGCUUCCAAUUUAUGCUAGCAAAGAGCAGGAAGAGACAAGUCAAGUGCUCACUCAGGUUCUUCGAGUAGUGAAUAAUGCCGAUGAAGCAAACAGUGAGGCGCGGAAAAAGAGCUUUCAAGGAGUAGUAGAUUUUCUUGCUCAAGAGCUAUUCAACCAGAACGCCUCUAUCAUUGUGAGAAAGAAUGUACAAUCAUGCUUGGCACUUUUAGCUAGCAGGACUGGUAGCGAGGUGUCCGAAUUACUAGAGCAAUUGUAUCAUCCAUUUCUCCAGCCUCUCAUUGUGCGGCCACUUAAGUUGAAGACAGUUGAUCAACAGGUUGGAACAGUUACAGCAUUGAACUUUUGUCUAGCCUUGCGGCCACCUCUUCUCAAGUUGACUCCAGAGUUAGUUAACUUCCUCCAAGACGCAUUACAAAUAGCAGAGUCUGAGGACAAUGCAUGGGUUGCUAAGUUUAUCAACCCCAAAGUUGUGACAUCGUUGACUAAACUUCGAACAGCUUGCAUUGAACUGCUAUGCACAACAAUGGCAUGGGCUGAUUUUAAGACUCCAAAUCAUUCUGACUUGCGUGCAAAGAUCAUCUCAAUGUUUUUUAAGUCUUUAACAUGUCGGAAUCAAGAUAUUGUUGCCGUUGCUAAGGAAGGCCUGCGGCAGGUUAUAAAUCAAAGGAUGCCCAAAGAACUUUUACAAAGCAGCCUUAGGCCUAUAUUGGUCAAUUUAGCUCACACAAAAAAUCUCAGCAUGCCUCUUCUACUAGGCCUUGCCCGCCUGCUUGAGCUGUUAUCCAAUUGGUUCAAUGUUACCUUGGGCGGCAAACUUUUAGAGCAUCUAAGGAGGUGGCUGGAGCCUGAAAAGUUGGCACAAUGUCAAAAGUCAUGGAAGGCUGGUGAAGAACCAAAGAUAGCUGCAGCUAUAAUUGAUCUUUUUCACUUGCUUCCUCCUGCUGCUUCUAAGUUCCUCGAUGAACUUGUAACCAUGACUAUUGAUUUGGAAGGAGCUCUUCCUCCUGGACAAGUAUACAGUGAAAUAAAUAGUCCAUACCGCCUUCCAAUUACAAAGUUUUUAAAUCGAUAUGCACCUGUUGCGGUUGAUUAUUUUCUUGCUCGAUUAAGUGAACCAAAAUAUUUCAGGCGUUUUAUGUAUAUAGUUUGUUCAGAAGCCGGUCAGCCGUUGAGAGAUGAACUUGCAAAAUCACCACAAAAGAUACUUUCAAGUGCAUUCUUCGAAUUUAUUCCCAAAUCUGAGGUGUCAAUGGCUUCAUCAUCCACGACUACACAUACUACUUUAUCAGGUGAAGAAGGCCAUGUUUCUGCAUCGACCGAUGCCCCUAAUGUUCUUGUUCCUACUUCCAAUGCAACUUCCGAUGCUUACUUUCAAGUACUAGUAUGGAAGUCACCUGCUAGAAUAUCCCGGCUGGAAAAUGAACAGGAACUGAACCUAGUGCAAAUCAAAGAAAGUAAAUGGCUUGUGAAGUGCUUCUUGAAUUACUUAAGACAUGACAAAAAUGAAGUAAAUGUUCUCUUUGAUAUACUUACCAUAUUCUUAUUUCAUAGUCGAAUAGACUAUACAUUCCUGAAGGAGUUUUACAUCAUUGAGGUUGCAGAAGGUUAUUCUUCGAGCAUGAAAAAGGCCCUCCUGUUACAUUUCCUCAACCUUUUCCAAUCAAAGCAACUUGGGCAUGACCAUUUGGUGAUUGUAAUGCAAAUGCUCAUUCUUCCAAUGCUUGCACAUGCCUUCCAAAACGGGCAAAGUUGGGAAGUUGUUGAUCCUGCAAUUAUAAAAACAAUCGUCGACAAACUUCUUGAUCCUCCAGAAGAGAUUUCUGCCGAAUACGACGAGCCUUUAAGAAUAGAAUUAUUGCAGCUUGCAACUUUGCUUCUUAAGUAUCUUCAGAAUGAUCUUGUCCAUCAUAGGAAGGAACUAAUAAAGUUUGGGUGGAACCAUCUUAAGCGUGAAGAUACUGCGAGCAAACAAUGGGCAUUUGUAAAUGUUUGCCAUUUCUUGGAGGCAUAUCAAGCUCCUGAAAAAAUAAUACUUCAGGUUUUUGUAGCUCUUCUUAGGACCUGCCAACCAGAAAAUAGAAUGUUGGUCAGACAGGCUCUUGACAUUCUAAUGCCAGCACUGCCACGACGCUUGCCUCUCGGUGAUUCUCGGAUGCCCAUUUGGAUAAGAUACACCAAGAAAAUACUUGUUGAAGAAGGUCACUCUAUUCCAAAUCUUAUUCAUAUAUUCCAACUAAUUGUCCGCCAUUCGGAUCUCUUCUACAGCUGUAGAGCACAGUUUGUUCCACAGAUGGUGAAUUCUCUGAGUCGUCUGGGAUUGCCAUACAAUACCACAACAGAAAACAGACGUCUUGCCAUUGAACUUGCUGGAUUAGUUGUUAACUGGGAGAGGCAAAGACAAAAUGAGAUGAAAGUUACUGAUUCUGAUGCUCCGAGCCAAAUCAGUGAUGUCUUUAAUCCUAACUCAGCUGAGUCUAAGCGAUCUGUGGAUGGAUCCACAUUUCCUGAUGAUACAACUAAGCGAGUAAAAGCAGAACCUGGUCUUCAACCUCUUUGUGUAAUGUCACCUGGUGGUCCGUCGUCAAUCCCUAACAUUGAAACCCCAGGAUCUACCAGUCAACCUGAUGAAGAAUUUAAACCAAAUGCUGCUAUGGAGGAGAUGAUUAUAAAUUUUCUUAUCAGAGUUGCUCUGGUUAUUGAACCCAAGGACAAGGAAGCAAGUGCCAUGUAUAAACAAGCUUUGGAGCUACUUUCCCAAGCUUUAGAGGUGUGGCCAAAUGCAAAUGUAAAAUUUAAUUAUUUGGAGAAGUUGUUGAGCAGUAUACAACCAUCUCAAGCAAAAGACCCUCCCACUGCGCUGGCACAGGGUUUGGAUGUCAUGAACAAAGUUUUAGAGAAACAGCCUCACUUGUUCAUAAGAAACAACAUUAACCAGAUUUCUCAAAUUCUUGAACCAUGUUUCAAGCAUAAACUUUUAGAUGCUGGCAAGUCUUUUUGCUCACUGUUGAGAAUGAUUUGUGUUGCUUUUCCUCAAGAAGCAGCUUCAACACCUCCUGACGUUAAGUUGUUGUACCAGAAGCGGCUGCAACGUGAUAUGGGUUCAUCAGCAAGUUCUCAUAUAAGACAAGGUCAAAGAACUGAUCCAGAUUCAGCAGUCACGUCUUCUCGUCAAGGUGUUGAUGUUGGAGCAGUUAUUUCAAAUCUAAAAUCGAUCUUAAAACUUAUCACAGAAAGAGUGAUGGUUGUUCCCGAGUGCAAGCGAUCUGUAUCUCAAAUAUUGAAUGCUUUACUCUCAGAGAAAGGUAUUGAUGCUAGUGUAGUUCUUUGCAUACUUGAUGUAAUUAAAGGGUGGAUUGAAGAUGAUUUCACUAAACAAGGAACUUCAGUUAUAACAAGCACCUUUCUCACUCCGAAGGAGAUAGUUUCUUUUCUUCAGAAGCUUUCACAAGUUGAUAAACAAAAUUUCACACCAAGUCAUCUGGAUGAAUGGGACCGGAAAUAUCUUGAACUUCUCUUUGGGAUUUGUUCUGAUUCAGAUAAGUACCCUUUAUCCUUGCGUCAAGAGGUUUUCCAGAAGGUAGAAAGGAUGUUUAUGCUUGGUUUACGAGCUAGAGAUCCUGACAUUAGGAUGAAGUUCUUCUCUCUGUAUCACGAGUCUCUUGGGAAAACUCUUUUCACCAGGCUUCAAUUCAUCAUCCAAGUUCAAGACUGGGGAGCUUUGAGUGAUGUCUUCUGGCUCAAACAAGGUCUUGAUCUUCUCUUGGCAAUAUUAGUUGAUGAUAAACCUAUUACACUAGCUCCAAAUUCUGCCAGGGUUCAACCACUUCUGGUAUCAAGCCCUCUUCUUGAAACAUCUGGAAUGCAGCACAAGGUUAAUGAUACAUCUGAAGGAGCUGAGGAUGCACCACUAACAUUUGAGACCCUUGUGGUUAAGCAUACUCAAUUUCUUAACAGUAUGAGCAAACUCGAGGUGGUCGAUCUAUUAACUCCGUUGAGAGAAUUGGCCCACACAGAUGCUAAUGUUGCAUACCAUUUGUGGGUUCUGGUAUUUCCAAUUGUCUGGGUUACAUUACAUAAAGAAGAACAAGUACAACUUGCUAAACCUAUGAUUUCACUUCUGUCUAAAGAUUACCAUAAGAGGCAGCAAGCCAGCAGGCCAAAUGUUGUGCAAGCACUAUUAGAAGGGCUUCAGUUGAGCCAUCCUCAACCUAGAAUGCCGAGCGAGCUCAUUAAAUAUAUUGGGAAAACAUAUAAUGCAUGGCACAUUGCAUUGGCUUUGCUGGAAAGUCAUGUUAUGCUGUUCCCGAAUGAUUCCAAAUGCUGUGAGUCUCUGGCUGAGCUCUAUCGGUUGCUAAAUGAAGAGGAUAUGAGAUGCGGGCUUUGGAAGAAGAGGUCAAUCACUGCUGAAACCAGGGCAGGGCUAUCUCUUGUUCAGCAUGGUUACUGGCAACGUGCUCAAAGUCUCUUUUAUCAAGCCAUGGUGAAGGCAACUCAAGGAACGUAUAACAACACUGUACCCAAGGCCGAGAUGUGUCUAUGGGAAGAGCAAUGGCUAUGCUGUGCCAGUCAACUUAGUCAAUGGGAUGCACUGGUAGAAUUUGGCAAGAGUGUUGAUAAUUAUGAAAUUCUGCUCGAUACUCUAUGGAAAUUGCCUGAUUGGACGUAUAUGAAGGAGCAAGUUAUUCCUAAAGCUCAAGUAGAAGAGACUCCAAAACUUCGUUUGAUUCAUGCAUAUUUUGCUCUUCAUGAAAAAAAUACAAAUGGAGUGGGGGAUGCUGAAAUCAUGGUGGGUAAAGGGGUUGAUCUUGCUUUAGAACAAUGGUGGCAGCUGCCAGAAAUGUCUGUACAUUCCAGGAUCCCCCUUCUACAGCAAUUCCAACAAUUAGUUGAAGUUCAAGAGUCAUCUAGGGUCCUAAUAGAUAUUUCCAAUGGAAAUAAACUCUCUGGGAAUUCAGCUGUUGGCGUGCAAGGAAACCUUUAUGCUGAUCUGAAGGAUAUCCUUGAGACAUGGAGGCUAAGAACUCCAAAUGAAUGGGAUAACAUGUCUGUUUGGUAUGAUUUGCUGCAGUGGAGGAAUGAUACAUACAACUCUGUCAUCGAAGCUUUCAAAGAUUUUAGCACCACAAAUUCGGCACUUCAUCAUCUUGGAUACCGUGACAAAGCUUGGACUGUCAACAGGCUUGCUCAUAUUGCCCGCAAACAAGGCCUAUUUGAAGUUUGUGUCAACGUACUCGAAAAAUUAUAUGGAUACUCAACCAUGGAAGUACAGGAAGCAUUUGUUAAGAUAGCUGAGCAAGCAAAGGCAUAUCUAGAAACAAAAGGAGAAGUUACAGCCGGUCUUAAUUUGAUCAACAGCACUAAUCUGGAGUACUUUCCUGCAAAGCACAAGGCUGAAAUUUUCCGGCUGAAAGGGGACUUCUUCUUAAAGUUGAAUGACUCCGAGAAUGCAAAUCUUGCUUAUUCAAACGCAAUUAGUCUUUUUAAAAACCUGCCUAAGGGAUGGAUAAGUUGGGGAAACUAUUGUGAAUCGGCUUACAAAGAAUCUCAUGAAGAAGUUUGGUUGGAAUAUGCUGUCAGCUGCUUCUUGCAAGGUAUAAAAUUCGGCGUGUCCAAUUCAAGAAGCCAUUUAGCUCGUGUUCUUUAUCUUCUUAGUUUUGAUACUCCUAAUGAGCCCGUUGGAAGGGCAUUUGAUAAGUACUAUGAACACAUUCCACAUUGGGUUUGGCUGUCUUGGAUUCCACAGCUCUUGCUCUCCCUCCAGAGGACAGAAGCUCCUCACUGUAAACUUGUUCUUCUGAAGAUUGCAACCUUGUAUCCUCAAGCUCUGUAUUAUUGGCUGCGCACAUACUUGCUGGAACGACGUGAUGUUGCCAAUAAAUCUGAAAAUGGAAGGAUAACAAUGGCUCAGCAAAGAGCACAGCAAAGUGUUUCUGGUACUGGUGGAGGUUCUCAUGGUGGUAUUGCUGAUGGAAAUGCAAGAGUGCAAGGUCCAGGUGGGAGUACCUUAUCAUCUGAUAAUCAAGCUCACCAAGGCUCCCAGUCUACUGGUGGAAUUGGAUCUCAUGAUGGGGGAAACUCACAUGGGCAAGAACCUGAAAGGUCCACUAGUGCAGAAAGCAACAUCCACAACGCAAAUGACCAACAAUUGCAGCAAGGUUCUGCAAGCCUCAGUGAAGGUGGUCAGAACACUUUAAGGCGUGCUGGGGCAUUGGGUUUUGUGGCUUCAGCUGCCAGUGCCUUUGAUGCUGCAAAGGAUAUAAUGGAGGCUCUUAGGGGAAAGCACGCCAAUUUGGCCAGUGAACUUGAGGUUCUAUUAACAGAAAUUGGUUCAAGGUUUGUUACUCUGCCUGAGGAAAGGCUUUUGGCUGUGGUUAACGCUUUGCUCCACCGCUGCUACAAAUAUCCAACAGCUACAACUGCAGAAGUUCCUCAAUCUCUCAAGAAAGAGCUCUCAGGUGUUUGCAGGGCUUGUUUUUCAGCAGACGCUGUAAAUAAGCAUGUGGAUUUUGUUAGGGAAUACAAACAGGAUUUUGAACGUGAUCUUGAUCCAGAAAGCACUGCCACUUUCCCAUCUACCCUCUCUCAACUGACUGAGAGGUUGAAACACUGGAAGAAUGUACUUCAAAGUAAUGUUGAGGACAGGUUUCCUGCAGUAUUAAAGCUAGAAGAAGAGAGUAGGGUAUUGCGGGACUUCCAUGUUGUUGAUGUUGAAGUUCCAGGGCAGUAUUUCACUGAUCAGGAAAUUACACCCGAUCAUACUGUGAAGUUGGAUAGGGUUGCAGCUGAUAUUCCAAUUGUGCGGAGGCAUGGGAGCAGUUUUCGGCGUCUGACUCUAAUUGGUUCUGAUGGUUCCCAACGCCAUUUUAUUGUACAGACAUCUUUGACUCCCAAUGCCAGAAGUGAUGAGCGCAUAUUACAGCUCUUCCGUGUGAUGAACCAAAUGUUUGAGAAGCACAAGGAAUCGAGACGCCGUCACAUAUGCAUUCACACACCAAUAAUUAUUCCUGUUUGGUCCCAGGUUCGCAUGGUAGAAGAUGAUUUGAUGUACAGUACUUUCCUUGAGGUCUAUGAGAAUCAUUGUUCAAGAAAUGAUCGAGAAGCAGACCUUCCCAUAACCUAUUUCAAGGAGCAGUUGAAUCAGGCUAUAUCUGGGCAAAUAUCCCCAGAAGCUGUUGUUGAUCUUCGUCUGCAAGCCUAUAACGAAAUAACAAAAAAUCUUGUUAAUGACAACAUCUUUUCACAGUACAUGUACAAAACACUACCCAGUGGCAACCAUACGUGGGCUUUCAAGAAGCAAUUCGCCAUCCAGUUGGCUCUUUCAAGUUUCAUGUCCUUUAUGCUACAAAUUGGUGGGAGGUCUCCCAACAAAAUUUUGUUUGCAAAGAACACUGGAAAAAUAUUUCAAACUGAUUUUCAUCCUGCAUAUGAUGCAAAUGGUCUGAUCGAGUUUAAUGAGCCUGUCCCAUUCAGGCUAACAAGGAAUAUGCAAGCAUUCUUCUCCCAUGGAGUCGAAGGCCUUAUUGUAUCUUCGAUGUGUGCAGCUGCACAGGCUGUGGCUUCACCUAAACAAAGUCAACAUCUAUGGCAUCAUCUAGCAAUGUUUUUCCGCGAUGAGUUACUGUCUUGGUCUUGGAGAAGACCACUUGGGAUGCCCAUGGCCCCUAUGGCUGCAGGCGGUACCAUGAGUCCUGUUGACUUUAAACAAAAGGUUAUGACAAAUGUGGAACAUGUCGUUGCAAGGAUUAUGGGAAUAGCACCGCAGAAUUUUUCUGACGAGGAGGAGAAUGUCAUGGAGCCCCCCCAAUCUGUGCAGCGGGGUGUUACUGAGUUGGUUGAAGCUGCCUUAAACCCAAGGAACUUGUGUAUGAUGGAUCCGACAUGGCAUCCCUGGUUCUAA